AUGGACUCUGCUAAGGCCCCCGUCAACCUCGUCAAGGUCACCCGUGUCCUUGGCCGAACCGGCUCCCGUGGUGGUGUCACUCAGUGCCGCGUCGAGUUCAUGAACGACCAGACCCGUUCCAUCAUCCGCAACGUCAAGGGCCCAGUGCAAUGGUGGGAUUUUCCUGGCUCUACGGUCACCGUUAUCAAGAAGUUCCAAUUGAGCACUGAUCCUCACUCUUGCGCUUUCCCAUUUCCUCUGGCUACACGUACAGCAAACACUCACUUUGUUUCCCUGUACUCUUCAACCACCAUGAUGGAGGACAGCGAGGCCGCAGAAAGUCUACUUCCCAUCGCAGCAUUCGAGGAGCAUCACGCCUGCAGUAUCAGAGCCAGCAUCUCCAGUGUUGUGCUCAACCAGACUCAAGCCACUGUCACUAGAAUACCCAUCCAUCGAUGUCCCUGGAAGUUCACCAAAGUCAACCCCCCAGCAACACCUCCUCGUACACCCAAAUCUAUCUUCAGCCCUGCCCUCUUCGGUUAUCCCAAGUCCGCUUCAGGGAAGACGCUAUCGCGUUCGCGAAGCAACAGUCAUGGUGGAAGCCUGUUUAGCUCCCUUUGGGGUCGGAAGUCAUGGGAUCAUGGUGAAGACGAUGGAAAGUACGUCACCGGCACGCCAAAGCAUGGCCGGUCAUUGUCUUCUUCAAGCUCCCCAUACUCUAUCGUAGGAGGUUCUCCGAAGGUGCUUUCGGGGUUGGCAUCAAUCUUUCACUCCGGAUCACCGUCUAAGAUUGCUGAUGAAGGUGCACUGAUGCGCGCUGGUGGCAAUUCACCAGACAUACCAUCACCACACCCUUUGGCUAAGCAAAUGCGGACGAUCAGCUGGGUGAAUCACCUCGCAACCCGAGCCGCAAAAUCACCGUCACCGUCACCGUUAUCUGAUGUCGACCUCGGAGGAGCGCAAACAACGCACGGUUCCGAAGCCGCACUACUGUUUGUGUCGUCACCGCAAGACGACUCAGACAGCGACCCCAGUAGCUCGACGCUUUCCCUCAAUUCGCCUUUCCUUUCCUACCUCAGCCUCGCCGCACAACCUCCUACAACCCAAACUCCAGGUGCCAACCAAGACGCAAAAAACACCAUGCCAGCCAGUCUACGCGACAUCUCUCCUUUCAAAGACAAACCACUCUGGGAACCCGACGAUGAAGAAUGGGCAGACCUAAACGCUACCCACAUCUCCUCCACCUUCAAAGCCUCCUUCAAAGACCCAGGACAAUACAGUCCCCGAAAGACAGCAAACGGCAGCACAUUAUCCCGCUUGAACAACACCAUCGCAUCUAUCCUCCCAUCCUCCCCUGCAAAACUUGCUUCGGAAGUCCGUCUGCGCGAAGAAGAAGAACUAAGAGAUAAGUUGGAAGAACUAGGUAACUCAUACUACUCCGACCCCGGCGGCGACAUCCAUGAUACGGUCAUGUGCUCCGUCUUCCUUUGUGGUUCUCGGGACUUUCACCACAGCCAGAGAAUCCGGCGUCCAUAUGUCAUCGACCUUGAGCGGUACUUCAACACACAAGAUCCUCUGGUAGAAGCCGCGUAUCCACGUCUCGGUGACGCUAUUGCUACAUUACUCAGCCAUACGAGUAGAGCGUGUGUAGAAGAUUUUCUAGAUCCGCGAGUAGAGGAAUUUGUCUACAGGAGGGAGUUGGACAGAAGCACAGCGGGGAGUAUUCUCGUUGUACGAAGAAAGGGGAAUGCGGUUAUCGCGGGUUCCUACCGCAACCUAGGCUUCUCCCUCUCCUGGACCCUUUAUGUCAAAGCUUCGUUCAGCCCCACAGGCCUCUGGUACGAAACCUAUGCCUCACCAGUCGCAGGCUCAAGUCCCGUUGUAAACGGAGUACCAGAUUGGGAUACUUUUAUGCCUAUUAAUACCCCCUUUCGGUUCCCUUCCCCCUCCCUCCCUAUGUUACCAUCUUCCGUGUCUUUGUUCCAACCUACCAUUCUGCCGGAUAUCUCGCCCCGCAAAAUUGUCCUAACGACACCACAUCCGUCAACGAAGGAGAUGAAAGAGGCGAGUAAGGCAGAAGAAGAAGAAGAGGUAGAAAACAACAAUAUCAGCCCCACAGACGAGAAAUUUGUACUGUAUCAGAGCAGGGCGCUGGCAAGGUACUUGCUAAGAGAUGUCUAG